AUGCUGUCUCUGAGCGAGGCGGCCGCCUCGGGCGCGCCCGCGCAGCCGUCCCUCGACCUGCCGCCCGACGACAAGGUGGUGGCCUCGCUGGAUGUCGUGGUCUGCAGCGCAACGGACGCGCUGGGCGGCAGGGUCGUCCUGCUGCAGCAGCCGCUGCGCGGCGCGUGGCGCCCCUACGACCUCCCGCGCGCCGCCGCCGCGCGAAUGCGCCCCAAAGCGCGCCGCAUGGAGUUUGAGCUGCCGCUCCAGACGGCCGGCCCGAACUACAACAAAUCAUACGGCGACGAGCGGCCAGAGGGCAAGCCCAAGCGCGGCGGCGGCAGCCGGUCAAAAGUCAAGGCGGAGGAUGGCGGCGAGGAAGCCGACGGGAAGCCGGGCGGCCGCAAGGGCGACGCGGCGGGGCCGAUGGAGCGGCUGCUGCUGCGGUCGCAGCCGGUGGAGGAGGGCGGCGGCGAUUACGCUAUCGGCGUCGUGCGCGGCGGGCGGCUGCUGCUCGUGCCUGUUGACUAUGCGCUACAGCUGCGCCCCCACCUGGCGCACCUCAGCAUUCCCUCAGCGGAAGGCAAGGCCGGCGGCGGCGGCGGUGGCGGCGGCGGCGGGAAGGGGCGCGGCGGCGGCGCGGCGGGGGACUCGGAUCAUGGAGGGGACGAGGAUGAGGAGGGCGGCGGGCUGGUCGAGAUCGAGGUUCAGGUGAAGCGCAGGGAGACCGAGCGGCAGCAGGCGGCGCGCCUGAAGUCGUACAGCCACUUGCAGGCGGAGGAGGAGGCGGAGGAGUGGCGGCGGCUGCAGGUGACGGAGGCGGGCGGCGCGCGGCUGUGGGCGACGAUCGAGCCGCAGAGGGGGGCAGAGGCGGCCGCGGCGCCGCUGGCGGCGCUGUCUCGGGAAGAUUAUUUGGAGCUUGUCACGCCGGGCGCAGGCGGGCCCGGCGCG